GCGUCAUGGGGGACGUUCCCAUCCUCUGUAUUUUUUCGUCCACUCGAUCCGCUCGUGAGACGUCGUCGAUUUUCGGGAAGGGGGAGUUGGUGGUGGCGCUGCUGCAGUAGCGACACUAUGAAGCAUUAAACGAACAAAUAGGAGCCCGGCUUUCAUGUAAAGUUGAUAAUUAGGAGGCAAAGAGUGUCUCGGUUGUGUCAGCCGAAUAUGGAGAGGGUUGUUACGCUGUUGUUUCCAGUUUUCCUCCUGCUUCUCCACUCACGGGCUGCGAAGAGCCAUGGUAAGAAGCUAACAUUGUUGUUAACUUGAGCAAGCUAACUCUCGUAUGAGUUGAAGUCGUGAUAUCAGUCUGUUUAAUACUCCUCUGAGCCACAGAGGUGAUAGAAAACAGCUCUUAUUAUUCAACAGUGUGCGUGUUGUAUGUCUGCGGCGUGUCAGGCUGGUGGUUCCCGUAAACAGGUUAGAAUGGGUUAGGCUGGGCCACACGGUGAGUCUCUCAGGAGGAGUAUGAGAUUAUAUCCUGAGUGGUAAACAAACGGGCUGAUCUCACAGAAUCAUUACAGAUUAAAUAUCUUUGCAGGAUUAUGAGUUACAUAGCUUGUUAGUAUGAAAAGCCUCAGCUAGUUGUGUACACGUUUGACAACUUUCAACAGUAUGACAUUACAGCUAUAAACUGAAUACAUUUAUGUAAAAUUAUAAGACUGUAGAUGUUAUGUUAUGUAAAUUUAAUAUAAAGCUGAUAAAUUGAUCAAAUCCCAUUGAAGUAAAUAUGUUUUCUGUUUUGGGAGGGGUUUCUUUAUUUCCUCUUUGUAGAUUUCAGUGUUGCUCAACACACCUUGUUUGUGUUGUGUUGUUGCAAACUUUUUGAAUAAAACCAAAGACUGUAUUGAGUUGAGAGGUAGGAGUCAAACAUAGAGGAAUUAGAGGAAAAGUUUAAGUCGAGAAAAAUUCCUCUGCUUAAUGUCCAGAGAGUUGCAAAUCAUUGUGUUAUCAGUGUUUUCACCUUGGAUAUGAAACUGAAUUGGGACCUUGUGUGGUUUAAAUUAAUGUUUAACAGUAAGAAAACAUGGAGAUUCUAAGAGAUGUUGUAGAUAUUGUAUUAUAAUUUUGGUCAUAGACAUGCUGAUAUUCUGACAAAAGUACCUUCUCACUUUACAAGAAGCUGUAUUCUCCCAGAUGUGUGCCCAAGCCUUUGCAAUGAUAAGCAUGUGUAUACUACUCUAACUCAUCAGUGUUUUCACCUUGGAUAUGAAACUGAAUUGGGACCUUGUGUGGUUUAAAUUAAUGUUUAACAGUAAGAAAACAUGGAGAUUCUAAGAGAUGUUGUAGAUAUUGUAUUAUAAUUUUGGUCAUAGACAUGCUGAUAUUCUGACAAAAGUACCUUCUCACUUUACAAGAAGCUGUAUUCUCCCAGAUGUGUGCCCAAGCCUUUGCAAUGAUAAGCAUGUGUAUUAGGCCUGGACGAUAUAGAAAAAAAGCAUAUCGAUAAAAAAUAAAUCAUAUUGAUCGAUAUCGAUAAUUAUCGAUAUAAUUAUUAUAAUUAUUUAACAUAUAUUUUAAUUGCAGCCCUGGAUGUUUUAUGCUAUUGCUUAAUGACCUACUUUUAAUAAAGAACACACAAGCACUGAAUUCAAAUUCAAACCUUUAUUCAACCACCUUUUUUUUUUCCACAACUGAAAGUUUUUUUAAAAAAGAACUUAAAAAAAAAAAGAAAUCAACUUAAGUGGCCUGAGUGACGUCAGUAAAAACUGACAAACAUAAAGACUAAAGUGACCAGAAAAUCUGAUAAAUAAAUAUUUUAAAAGUCUUUUGAUGAAAAUAAACAAAACAAACAAAUAUAUAAAUAAACAGAAUAGCUUUAGGUGGGAAUAGCAUACUACCAGUUUUAACUGUGUGGGAAACUGCCCACAACCUGGUGUCUGAACACUGAAAUAUUUCUCCCGGGGUCGGGAGAUUUCUUUAUUUUUUAAUUAUCAUGUGACUGACUUAAUACGCAAACUGAGCACGAGAAGCAGGACUUAUCCACGCCGGUGUUGUGUCGUAGAAUGCACCCCCUGCUAGUAGCCAUGAUCCACAUACUCGCGUCUUUGUAAAAUAUGAGCUCAUUUUCUUCCACUUUAAGAAGCUAAUGAGUGGACGGGAUGCAGGGGUGCAUUCUACGGUACAACACCGGAACGUAUUUCCUCCGCACCCUUCUCACCUUCUCAACCCCUGACCCAUUUUCAUGCCUGAAGCGCUGUGUUUGAGAAAUACUUGCGGCCGACUUCAUAUCGCGGGUCAAGAGUGGCUAGAAGCUGUUUGAAGCCAGGCUUUUCAACGGUAGUUAUUGGCAGUGUGUCCCUCGCUAUGGAGCAUGUUGCUGCAUGGGUGAAGUCCUUAUGCCGCUUGGACGCUUUGUCGUAUUUUGGCAACAAACGAAGUCCAGUUUGGUCUGCUUUACAUGCUUUGUGCUGGUGCUGGCAGCGGUUCCAGAGGAUUCCUCCUCCGACGACGACGACGACGUGGAGCCGCGGCGCGGCCGACACAGCUCGUACUCCUGCCGGUGCUACCGGUUCAGAUGGUAAAACAAGCUGGUUGUGUUACCAGACUUGGUUUUUACUAAUUCUCUGCAAAUUUUGCAAACGACCGCUGGUCGCUUUUUGUCAGACUUCUAAAAACCAAAACAUUGCCAUGCUGGUGAACUACUGAAACCUUUUUUCGGGACAAUGUCCUCCGCUUCUCCUUGCUGUAACAUUAUUUCUAAUACACGUGCUGUCUGUUGUGGUUUGAGAGGGGCUGGGCUUGGUGCCGUAGCGUACCUGGGUCUGCGUUUGUGAUUGGUUGGGAGGAAGUAAUGACUGUAGUAAAAGCUACAUGAUAGGCUAUGAUGAAAAAGAAAGGGAAACUGUGUUUUUCUAUCGAACUUUUUAUCGACCCGUUUUUUUUCUAUCGCAUCACACGUCUAUCGAUCGAUAUAUAUUGUUAUCGAAUUAUCGUCCAGCACUAAUGUGUAUACUACUCUAACUCAUUCGAUCCCUGACCAGCUCUGAGAACAUUUAGUUUCCCUUUUGUAGUGUCUGACAGGAAACUUUUUUUUGAUAAAUAUACUGAUAUGAAACUACUCAAGUUCUGUUCAUGCUGAUUUAUCAUUUUAAGUAUGUUUUCAGAUUUAUUUUCGGGGCUUUUUGCCUUUAUUAGGAGAGGACAGUGGGAAACAAGUAAGGAGUGACACAAAAAAAGGUGUCAGGUUGAAAGGAAACCCACAACGCCCACUCAAGACAAACCCUCUGCAUAGAGCGCUAGGCGAGUAAUGCCUCAUGUAAUGUAUAUUUUCAACCACAAAAUGUCCCCAUAGUUGAUUUUUUUUUGCUUCAUGUUGCCUCAUUAAUAGACUAAAACUAUGAUUGUUGCUUUUGUCUGUAUUAUUCAUAACACCUCCAAGUGUGGCAACACAGUUUGACAGAAAUCUUCAAAUUCCAGCAGCGCUCUGUGAGAUGUAUCUGCAUCAAGUAACUGACGUCAUGUUGUAAUCUUCAACUGUGCUUGAUGCAAACAAGCACAGAUGGAUGAUGAAAUCUUGCAGCUUGCUGUGGUGGUUUGGCAUUUAUUUGAUGUAGAAAAUAGAGAUUAGGUGUAUGUAGCCAGUGUUUGUUGAACUUGACUAAAACAUUGUAUAACCAGCGUAGGCCAGCCUUUAUAUGGACUUUGACCUGUAAUGUUAAUCUAUAUUAAACUGGCAGUGACUGCUCACCUAGCAUCGGCCAAACCCAGUCAACAAAUCUGACAGUUUAGCCACAGAGUCUGAGAUCCUGUCUGGAGCUGCGCCCAGUUUUUAUUGUUUGUGGUUAUUUUCACACCUUUUAAACAAGUUUCCUUUUAAGUGACCAAGAUAUUCAUCACUUUGGAACAGUGAAAGUAUGAGCACUUUGACAUAAAACAUGUCAGGCAAAGAUUUAAAUGGUAAUAUGUCAAGGCUAAAACUUACAGGAUGGAGCGUAGCAGCAGCGUCGUGUAUCACGCAGCAAAUAGGUUGCCAUUCUAAUCAAUGCAGCAAAGCAUACAGGACGCAUAUCAGCUCCGUCGCAGCGUCGUAUCGCGGCGAGUCUUUUUUCUCUGCUCUACGCUUCCAAUGUACAUCAAUCCACACAGAGAAGAUCGUCCUAGACAGGAAGUCAAGCAUGAAAACGCACAAAAACUAUUUAAAAUAAAACACUAUAUGCGAACCCCGACUGUGUAUCAGUUUGUGUAGAUGAGAAAUACUUCCUGAUUAUGGAUUUAUCAGUAACACAGAACAAUCCAAUGGUCAAUCCCUGAUCCAUGUGGACCCCAACAGAACUUUGAGCUGCUUAUUCUGUCUGAAGGUAGCAGCACAGUAUAAAGGAGCGUAGCUUACUUUAUUAAACACAUGUAAACCUGCAAAAACCAAAACUGUAUAAUCAGGUUGCUUUUUCACAUAUAGUAGAGGCUCAACGGUCACUGAAUUAUUUCCAAAUUAGCGAUGAUGCUCUAUGGAGCAAAUACGAAACACGCUGAACACGGAUCCUGUAUGGUUUCGGUCAUAACAAGAUUUUUUUUUUCUCUAUACCCAGUGUGGUUUUUGUUUAACAUUGCCAGGAUUGGAAGUGAAAUCUGAAGGAGGAAUUGAGACAAUCUCAGAAGCAGCCAAUCAGAGUUAUCUAACUUGACUUGACUGCUUUGAAUUUGUGUCCAUUGUUCACUGUGUCUUAGUAUAACCUGGUCCAUAUUCAUCAAGCAUCUCACUAAGUGACAACACUCCCAACAAGCCAUGAACUGCAGAGUGACAGAGUUUCUUCAUUUCCUUAUCUAGAAAAUCCCUUAGAUCUUAAGAUGCAAUCUGUGUUUUUUUUUUUAAGGGUUGAUACUUCUGCAUAUAUGAGUGAAGUUGCUCCUUAAAUUGGGAAGUGAGGCCACAUAUGAUCUGCAAGACUGAGAGCAAGUCAGCAUUUGGUCACGCCAAGCAGUAAUCUCUGGCCUUGAGAAAUGAAGCCAUUGCAGAAGUGCUAAAAAAUUGCAGUUCCUUGAGGGUUGGCUUGAGAGUGACUGCAACAGCACCAGAAACCACAUACACACCCAUUCAAAAAGGCAUGACUUUGCAGCACAAACAAACAAACAUGGUCCAGAAACUGAUUUUGGUCUGAAUGGCUCAUUUCUCUAUCGGCACACACUGCACAGGGGUUAAAUGUUUGAUGUAUGAUCAGUUUUGAAGAUACCAAGGUUAAGAGUUUGGCAUCAUUAACGGUUCUGCUGAUACAGCUGGUAGGCGGGUACAUUGUACCUGUAAUUGAGGAGGCUAAAGUCACGCUUCAAGUGUCUCUGCCUCUUGUUGGCAUUUCCAAAAAAGCAACCGCUGUAUAUACUGUUGAAAACGUGGCCUCGGGCAUCAGCAGGUCAAGUCAUGUCGACUAUGUUCAUCUGUUAUUCAGUCAACUGUCACAGAUAUGAUGUUGAGUGUUGUAGUAAGGUGUGUGUAGACUGUUUUGUUUGUGUGUACACUCAUGCAGAUACUACGGUCUGAUUGGAGCCCUGUGGGUACAACUGCAGGUGUAAAUGUCAAGCAGUCUGCCUUUGAUGUGCUGGUACACAUACAGGUCUGGGACCAGGUUUUGUUCUUAUUUGGAGAAUUUGACAGCAGACGUUGGCCUAGUGCUUUGUACAUGAUGAUCAAUAACUGUAAACAAUAACACUGUUUAUAGAGCUGUGCCCAGGCUUUCAUUAGAAAGAUAAUCUGGCAGUGGUAACUUCUCAAAUGCAUCUGAGUAGAUCUCAGUGCAAGUGUCAAAUGUCAUCUAAUAAUAAAUCAAAGGGUGUGUUGUGAAGACCCUUAAUGUGAUAGGAGGGAUAUCUGCAGAACAAUUUCAACAUGUGAACCUCCUACGUGAACGCAGACUAGAAAAACGGUCAAAUAUUAAAUCUCUAUAUCUCUGUUAAUCUGUAGAGCUGAGUUGUAACUAAAACAGUGACGUAAAGCUGCAAGGAUGAGUGGAUUUUUUUGGAUGGUUUACAGGAGGUUAUGUGUCAUUUUGAUGAAAUGACAAACUUGUUUCGAGUCACAUUGUCUUGUGGGGAUUUGGUUCCUCAUUUUUCUUUCUGUUUUGAAUAAUUUCUUUCAGUUUUUGAAACGUGAGUCAAAGAAAGCAAAGAAUUUAAAUGGAAGACUUUGGCUUCAAGUUGUACGAGGUGUUUGAAAGUGUGUUUUUACUCUAUAUUCUAUAUACUGAAAAUUGAUCAGCGAUGGUGAAAAGAGGUGCAUCAGAAUUCAAGCAUAUGCAUUUGCUGUUGUAGUGCUUUUUAACAGUGAAAAGCAUUAUCAUUAUACAUAUUUUUUUAUUAACGACACAUAAUGGUAUAUUGUAUCACCCCCCUGUAGUUUUCCCAGGUUUUUAUUAGUGGUGCCUUGGGGUGUUAAGUUUGAGUUCACUGGCACAUCUGUCACAGUACAUACAGAGCUCCAUUCAGUCAUGACGACAGGGCACUUAAUAAAUAGCUUACAGCCUGGUUGUUGGUAUUGUUCAAGUUGGCUCACAGCCAUGACUAACUGGAACAAUAGGCUUGGUUUGUGUAUGGGUGAGAUCAGCCAAAAUCAAACAAUAGGGAAUAAAGAUAGAAUUUCCAACAAUAAAGAGACAGUAGUUAAAAACAACCUGUUAGGUGUCAACAUCCAGAUAUAGCUGGAAACAUGCAUACUAGAUAUUUGGGAUGGGAAAAAGUAGAGGCCCCACAAUACGAUAUUAUCACGAUACUUGAGCCAUGAUUAGAUAUUAUUGCGAUUUUAAACAUUUUGCAAUACAGUAAAUAUUGCAACACCAUAUAUGGCAGUUUAAACAAUGUUUUCAACUGCUUAACUGAUUUAGCAUUUGUCUUUCUGUUAUGUUUGUCUUUUUUGCUCAGUAUUUUAUUUUCAUGUUGCACUUCUCGCAAACCUCGUGUGUCAGGUCCAUCUCAUUUGCAUCCCGCUUGCAUUCCUAAUGUCCUUCCCCAGGCGCUGCCAUGUUUCUCCUUCUCUCCUGCUCUAUGAUCUCAUCUCUGCUGACCUCACUGGACAAAGAAACAGAAUUAUUUUUCAAUUUCCGUAGACCUGAGAUGAUGCAAUAUAUCACCAGACAAAUAUCACAAAACUAUUCUGUAUUGAUUUUUUCUCCCACCCCUACUAGAUAUACUGCUAUGUAAACAAUAGUAGAAGUAUAGGAACAUGUUAACUGAUUGUAUUUGCACGCUGAUGUGUAUGCAACCCAAUCUUCAGCAACAUACAAAUGACUAAACGGACGUAUUUGUGCAGCUUUGUCCAUCUGUAAAGAUGCUCUGGCAGGUUUUUUUAGUCAUCAUAUGACAGGUUUUCUGCAACUCACCAGCUUUGGGAAGAAAAAAAAAAGAGCAUCGGUUUUCUCUUCCUGCUUCUGCAAAAAGGUCUUUGCUUUGUCUGCAGAAAUCAGUCAACUUUGUCUGCUUCUGUUUUCUGUCUUCAGAUGUCAACACAACCCGCAGCAAACUGCUCAGCUCACACAAACCAAGACUUGUGUGAAAGUGUUUUGUGUUAUUUCAUUUUUUUCUCUGAUGGGUUUGACUCCACUCCUGCAGAUGACGGUUUGACCGCAGUGUUACUGGUGGAUUGAAAUAGGGUUCUAUGUGUGACCUGAAGUUUAAACCUCAUAGGUGGUUUAGAAAUGUCUUUUUAAAUAUUGUUUUACUGUUAAGUUUAUGUCCUUGAUGUAAAGCAUUUUUAAAUUCUGUCAAAGAUGAGGCCAAAUGGGUAGGAAACAUUUGCAUACUUGUCAUUACAGAGUUGAAAGUGAUAAUGUAGGCAUCAGUAUAUGGGUUCUGCUUUUAACCAGCUUGAAGGCAUAACAGAAGUUCACCACGGGAAAUACACUAAACCAAGUCCCUGAGAGUGUGCGUGUGUGUCUGCGUAACUGUGUGCCUCAAACUGCAGUGUGGUGACAGCCUUUGGUAACCAAACGCUACUUUUGUGGUUAUCACCUUUUCACGUGGUUCUAUCUGUGAUUUCACUCUUCCCACGGCUCGUUUUUUUGUUGUCAGUAGGUGUGUCUCGUCACGUUCAUGCUUGUACUGUAGAUGUAAAGUUUUAGUUGAACUGAAACUGAAAUGAAAAUCUUUCUCGCAAGCUUUCUGAUAACAGAAGUGACUCACAAAUGUCUUGGGAGGGUGUGUUCAGUUGCUUUCUUUUCACUGAAUUUUGCUUUUUUACUGUUUGGCUGCAACACAAGACCAAAAUGAAUCCCAACACAUGACAGAUACCAUUUUGUCUUCAUUUUUGUGCCCAUCUGUCAUCUUCUCUUUGCUUUUAUUUCAUCAGCAACAAGAAUAAUGAAAUCAGAGGAAUCCUUUUUGAGGGUUUUAUCUGAGGCAGUCUUCUAAGAACACAAGCAAGCAGAAGAACCACUGGUUGUGUCAUUGUAGUGUGUGGACACGGGUUCUCUGCGGAGCUAUGAAGCAAGUCCUUCCUGUAACAGACAAAGUGCUACAUUUGUGUAAACACGUACUGAGUGGAGGCAGUGCUGAUCAGUGUUGCUGAUACCAGCGGUGACUCUGGUGACACAGAGUUUGAGCUUUAUUUCACAGACAGGUGUGUGUGCAGCUUCAUCUUUAACCCUAAAUAAUAAAGUGUUAAACAAAGACAAACAUACUUCCUGAAUUUAAGCCUCGUGUCCCAUUGAGUGUUUUUGAGAAGUACAGCCCUUUAUGUCUGUGUGGACUCUCGGGUUCAGCAGAAGUACAUUGUUGUACACAGGUUGUCAUACAGUGCCCUCUUUUGGUUCAUUUUAAAUACUGCAAACCCAUCCUUUUAUAAGCUCAAACUUGUCAACAAAAAGAAACAGUUUAAUACAUCUAUAUCUUAACAAACUUGAGAGAAUAGUAAAGAAUAUGGGGACAGAGGCAUGUGGUUGUUUUCCUUGAAAGCUGGAUGUGUCUUUGAAUCUCUGUUUUAGAUCGGGUAACUAUGCUUGUGUCAUUAGUUUGUAUGUUUGUGAUACAGUCAGGUCUCUCUUUAAUCUCAGUGGGACCCUCUGGUCAAAUAAAGGUUUUUCCUCAGCAUUUUGACUUUUAUCCUUCUACAGUUUUUCUUUAUUUAACAGUGAUGAGCAUUACAAACAUUGUUUUACCAGUUUUUAGCCACCUGGUGCUAUUCUAACAGAACAGCCCUGUAAAUAGUGAGGAGCUAAUCUGUGAUAUAAUAUUAACUUUGUGGUUUUGUCUUAGCUCUUAGUGUCCAAUUUGUGAGUUGGAAAUACUGAUUCUUUUCUGUGUGUCUGUUUUCACAGUGGAGCCACCAACAAACUUGACCCUCCACUGCCGAAAUCUGCAAAAUAUUCUGAAAUGGGCCUAUGACAAUCCCCCGCCAGGACUGAAAUACAAAGUCGUCAUCCGCUGUAAUUCAGGGUAAGACAUGAGUCUUCAUUGUGUUCAUACACAUCAAAUGAUUUGACUGUGUUUACAGCACGGACAUCGGGAAAGCUCAGCGCCGUUUUACAGGCCCUGUUUAGGAUAUUGACGAAGUACUUUUACUUCUUUGGUUGUAAAUUUGAAAUUGAAGUUCGAAGCUUUGUUAAAGCAAAAUUUAAAACGUACAUUUAUCAUUGACUACAAACAUCUUAUUGUUCACAAACUACUGUAUGCACUGUACUGUCUGCUGAGUUUCUCUUUUCUUAUUCUUUUUCACAGGGAUCCACAUACCCGCUGGGUGGAUCCACCAGCUCUCCAGGCUGACUUGUCAUUCCUCUCUGAAACAGACCUGGAAUACUAUGUCACUGUUACUGCUGUGCUUGGAGGGAAUCAGUCCGCUCCGUCUAAAGGAAUUGAGUUCAGCUAUUUCCAGGACGCUUUAAUUGGCCAGAAAUGUAAGAAAAGUGCCGUCCAUAUUGAACAUGCAAAUUCAAAACCUUUUUGUCGACUUGAAUUUUCCUCCUGCCAGAUAAAGAGCCCCAAUAUUACCUGUAAUAUAGAAACUGCAUCUUGGCUUUCUGGUCAGUUGGCGUGGUCAUUCAUUUUAACUACAUGGAUAUCAAGAAAUAAGAGAAGUGAAAACCAAAAGAUAAAUAAUUUUUAACUUGCACACAACAAAUGUAAACUACAAAGCUCUGAAGCUUUUUAAUCUGUCUUUGUUUAUCUUACAUGUUCAUUUAUGAGUUUAAAUGCAGGAUCCAAAGUUAGCAGCCACAACAUGGCAAAUGAGAGGAAAAAUAAUAAUGAAAAAAGGUAAGCAUUUGUUGGAGAGCUCUUAAAAUAUGCUUCAAACAUGUCGACCUCUGAGUCCCAAAUCUCUCAGUUGUUUCGUUAAAAAAGUGUGAAUACAGCUGGCUCCAAAAUAUUUAAAAUCACAGUUUGCAGAAAUGUUGGAAAGGAUAAAUGAGUGGUAUGUGCAUCCAAGUCUCAGGGACACAAACAGUAAUGUUGUUUAAAUAAGAACAUGACAAAACUUUGCUUAUAUUUCUGGAUGCCUCAGUCGCCUGCAAGAAAUCUGGAUUCAGUGUAUUCCUAAACCAUGUUCAUGUUGGUGUCCAGGUGUUGUGGAUCUUCCAUCAGUGGAUGUCAUUGCCCAAAAGGAUGACACCAUCCGGCUCAGCUUUGAGCACCCCUGGCUGUUUCAUAAAACAAACCAGGCAAACCACUUGAAGUCGGAGUCCAGGAAAAGAAGAAGCCAUGACCCACAGGUCACUAAAGAUCUUCCCGAAUUCAAAUACGAAGUUGUGAUCUUAAACCAGGUCAGUCUGCACACUGUGUGUUUGUUGUGUUAAUAGCAGUGAUUUCAGUCCACACAGAAACAGUCGACAGGACACAGUUUCUAUGAUUAUUUUCUGAAGUACUAUUCUCUGUAAGUAGUGCGCUUAACUUGUUUGUUCUACUUAUUAUGUGUUUUGUGUGCAGAAAGAGCAGCCCCACAGUUUCAGCUGUGUGGAGAGUGUGUGUGAGGAGGAGCUUUAUGUGGACGCUGCCCAGGAGAAACACUGUCUGAAGAUCACAGGAGAGAUGGAGAAAAUGUCUGUUGAAGCCACGCAAGACUACUGUGCCUCCCCGUUGGAAAAGACGCAGACAGACUGUUGAGUAGAGCAUUUUCAUUACUCCCUUGUUUUUACUAAUGGAUACAUGGCAAUUAUUGCACUUUGAAAAAUUGUGUGGAUGAAAAAUACGUUUAGAAGACAGGUGUUACUCUGAAACUCAGGGUUUGAAACCAAAUCUUAAUGUUUUACACUCUUGGAAAACAAACAAAACAGAUCAAGAUCAGUGCAAGUAAAAUGUUGCUUUACAUAAUUUAAACCUUGACAUUAGUUUUUAAAUCAGCUGAUUGAAUUAGUCUAAAGAGAGGAAACACAUGAAAUAAAAGCUAUAACUUUUUACCGACUAAAGCUAUUGUAGAACUGGAGACUCAAAUGCAACAUAAACUAAUGUGCAUUUUCAUCUAAAGACUAAGAGUGAAAUAGAUGUCUAAAUGAACACUGGGUUGGAUCUUUCCCUUUUGUCUACACACCUCUGAAUCUUGAGUAGCAUUCCAGCUCAUACAUGAGUACCACUAUGAUCAGGUUUCAGCUGAAUAUACGCGGGUACCAAAAUCAAACCAAGAGGUAUUAGGGCUUAAAAAAUGUAAUAUAUAGUGUAUCAGGUGUUGGCUUAUUUUAAAGUUAUAUAUGUAAAUGCCAAUUUUGUGUUUAGACUGAUGAAAAUUAAGAAGAAAAACGUUCCUGAGUUUCAGGUGGCUCCUGUCAAAAUCACUUUUUGUGUAUUUGUUAAGACUUUAUUGCUGAUUUAGUUUUUUACAUCUGCUCCAUCUAGAUUACAUCUACAUCAUUGUGGCCAGCUUGUUGCUCGUGGCAGCACUGAUUUUUAUCGGCUUCAUGGUUUACAAAAAGAAGACUGCAGCCUCAUCUUCUUUUCCACAAACUAUGGUGAGUUCCCUUCAGCAGUCUCCGCUUUUAUUUAAUGAGCCUUACUGAAAUGGAAAUAUUCAAUUCACUGUUCAAUUCAAUUAUUAGAGCCAUCCUCUGCUCUCAGGAAUUUCCACGUUUCUGAGACUUUAUAGUUCUUUCUUUCACAGACAGUGCUUAUUCUUUGAGUUUGUUUUAAGUGGCAUGUAAACCAGAAACCAGAUUGCAGACCCUUGGCUCAUCCAGAAGUUCCUCACUGUGCUUGUGCACAUAGGAAAUUCAAACCUGCUGAAAGAGUCCAUCCCUAUUGUUGAGAUUUCCUUCCCUCAUUGUUUGUCAUUUUGUUUUUAAAGAACAUCCCUGGUACACGCAAGCAGUGGACCUUGGGGGUUGACCAGGAGCAGGUCUUGGUGCCUGUAAUGGAGCCCCAAUCCCCCGAUCUAUUGCUGCCAACCACAGACGUAAUCACAGACGUGACGGAAAUCACGCCUGCUUUGGACUCCGAACAAGACUGUCGCAUGCGGAUUGGUGUGUCAGCUGAGGAUGAAGAUGAGGAGGCUCCGAAUGUUGACAAUGUUGAGUACGUGCAAGGUAGAAACCUUGACGAGAGCGAGACGCCAGACACUUUCCCCUCCGCUUAUGAGAGAAGACCAGUUUUUGUUGAAAUGGGUUCAGGUGAAAUAAUGCAGGGUUACCGUGGCGUGGAAAAUGAAACUGGUCUCCCUCAAGCAGUCCUGCAUUCGUAAGGUCAAAUUGGGCGUUUGCUGGUGUCAAACGUUAGACACCUUCCUCUUUUUCUGGAGCUCCUGGCAUCAGUUACAGUUUUCAUCAUAGUUACAAUAAUAUCCAAGCAGCAUAACAAACAAAGUGUUGAACAAGAGUAACAUCAGUGCAGCAUACUUACACUUUCAGCAUGAAACAGAAAAAUCAGAAUAAAUAUAAACUAGCACAUCUCUGCUCGUGACUUUGAUUUUGUUGCGGUUACAAACAAAAUACUUAAAGGGAGCUCUUGUUUUUUUUUUCAGCAUGAGUACAUAAGGAACCAGUUCAUGAUCCAUUGGGCAAUAAAAGAGUUAUCACUGUAUUAUUAGUAUUGUUCUUCUGCAGCAAAUCCAAAAAGAAGAUACCGGUGAAAUCACUUCACCUGUUUUCUUUACCUCGGUUUAAAUGACAUUUCUCAGACUGUUAAAUAGUUGCCGGUAUGUUUAGAUCAAACCCUGCUAAUUGUCCUUUAGCUUCAUCAUAUACAGACUUUACUGCAUUGACUCCUACUCUAUCACUUCAACUUUACUGUGGUUGAUUUCCUGUAAUGCAUAUACGGUUCCUCGAGUAUUACUUACAAUAUUAACAUACUGGUUAAUCACCUGCCUGACAAAAAUAGUGUGCUCUCUAUUUAGAUAGAUAUGUCUUAAAAAUAAUGAACGCCUUCUUCCUUAUUUGCACAUAAAUAUAUAAGUUGGUCAGAAGUUUGAGCAUUUGUUAUUUCUGGGAUGUGCCAAUUUUCUGUAUGAAAGGAGAGGGAGAGAGUUACAAGACAGGUCUGCUCUGGUCCUUCAGAUGUGAUUGUAUUGCUGAUAAAGUGAGGGAAAGCAGGACUUGACUGUAAAGCAUUGUUAGCAUGAACACUGAAGCGCUGCUACAUAAGGAGGAGAAGAACGGGGGAAAAAAUGGAAAACAUUAUAACCAAAAAUUAUUAUUGAUAUUAACUUGACCUAGGAAAAAUAACUGUGUAGUUAAAAGGAAUACCAACUGGAAAGUGUCAAAUGUGUUUAACUUUGUUUUUUUUAUGGAAAGCAUUAUGAGGUUGACUGAUGGUGUGUCAAGUUGUUUCUGCACUUUAAAGUCAGUUUUGAUUAGAGAAAGAAAAGACUGUUUUUUGAUUUUAGACUUUUUUAAUUGUUAAAAACUUAUGAUACAUGCACUUAGUUGUUGUUCCUGUAGUGUAGCUAAAAAAAAUCCAAAACAAUUCUUAGUGAUACUUCAAAAGUAUUUUGUAUCAGGGCUCUUUAAACUCUUAUUUUUUUAAUGUUAAAUUUCAGUAGCACCUUACAAUAUAUCAUUUCAUGUAUUGUAUGAAUCAAUGCUUCCCUAUGUGUUAAUUCAGGAGUCCAAUAAAUUCCAAUGAAUGUACAUAACAAUCUGGAUUUAAGGAUGUUUCAUUAAAAAAGUGUGACAUCGCCACACCAGAGUGACCUGAAACCAUGCCUUAGAGGGCAAUAGAGUUCUUUUUCUGCCAAAUACAGGUUUAAUUUGUUUAUUAUUCUUAAAGAAAAACACUGUUACUUUAAAUAGCAUGACGAAGUGCCUGUACUAAAUGUCGAAUUGUGUUCAUAUGGAGGGCAGUCAUCGAUGACUCACUGACACUGGGUGAUCCUUGGCUAAGUUUGGUUGCAUGCAGGUCCUGUAUGUUUAAAAUGAUUGUUCCCUGUGACAGAAAACCGGAGCCCUCCACAAAGUUCACUGACCCACAGUCAGCUGUUGUCCAUUUCACAAGAGCUGUUGUGAACUUUGGUGUAGUUUCCUCUGCGGAUCUGUGGGGAUACAAAAACAUUGCUCUGCCGGCUCUUGCGAUGCUGUUGGCAGCUGACAUCAGUCUAUUUAGAUGGAAUUGGUAAUUAAUUAUUCUGGACACAAACUGCAUUUCGCUGUUGAUCUGUCAACUGUGCCAUCUUUGAGCGUAUUGAUCUUGGGUAUUUGUAAAUAUUUGAAUUUGGCUUUUUGCACUAAUAGGUUUAAAUCCCUUGUAUAAUAAUUUGUCAGCACUAGAUUUACAUUUGAUCGUUCACAUUAUGUACAUUUUCUUAUGCCCUCAUGUCAUGUCUUUGUUUUUCAACCCCUCUCACACAAAGAUGUGUGAAUCUGCUUUUUUUAUUGUAUUUUGUCCUGAUUAAAUAUGUGGUUUAAAUCAAAGGUGGAUACUCUGAUUUAUUCAUUGCCUUAUGACCCAGAUCUGUGACCUAGUUCUCAUGUUUAAAAACAUUGCUAUAUGUGAAAUAUAACCUCUUAAAAGAAGGGAACUUGGUAUUUAGAUGUUGUUCAGUAGCUAAAUCACAGCUGAGGUUUUGCUGUGGCUCACUUUACAUACAACUGCUUCAGAUUUAGCUUCAUACAGUUAC